GCCAGCGGCCCAUAGCCGAAUCCUCCAGCCAGCACGACAACAGCCGACGGCCGCGGAUCCAGCCCGACACAUUCACUCGCGCCGAUUCAGCACACCAUGCCUGCCAUACGUGGACAGGACAGCAAGAAGAAGACGCGCAGGCACACGCGCGAUCUUGACCAGGUCCACGCCGACCAGCACGACGAGAAGCACCUCGCCGAGUUCAAGAAUGCAAAGCCCAUAGAAGACCUGCCCGGCCUGGGGCAGAACUACUGCCUCGAGUGCGCAAAGUUCUUCGAAAGUGAGGCCAACAUGCUGGCGCACAAGAAGGGCAAGGUGCACAAGCGCAGAGUCAAGGCACUGAAGGAAGAACCUUACUCCAUCAAGGAAGCAGAGGCAGGCAUGGGCUUCACGACAGAUAACGGCAAGCGCACGACCACUGCGCCUGCGAGCAUGGAGGUCGACAACGCGGCUUGAGUAUGAACUUGGAUGAGAACGCGGCAGAGACAUUCAGUCUGCGCAUAUCGCUCAGCAUACCGACGGCCUCGCUACGACCAAGGCAGACCAGCAAGCGACUCCCUCUUGAGGAUUUAUUGGACAUGGGACAUCCGCAGCGGAGCGCUGGGGCACGCUUUGAGAUACGUGUAGAUGUCAAAGGCUUCACGCACGGGCAGAGGGCCUGCUGUCUGUAAUUUGGGAAGCUGCACAUGCAUUGCACGGCGUUCAAAAUGGGAAAAGAUGCAUCAUAGAGGACAAUAGUCAAACGAUACCCAGCUAUAUUAAAGUGCUUACAAACGUACAAUUGAAGUUUUGUACAGAUUCAAAUCAUUAG